AUGUCCGUUCACUACACCCUGAAUCUGCGGGUCUUCUGGCCCCUGGUAACCGGCCUGUGCACCGCCCUCGUGUGCCUCUACCACAUCCUGCGUGGAAGCGGGGGCGCCCCGACCGAGCCCCCCGACGGCGCGGACUGUGACUUCUCGGUGCUCAAGGCAGCGGUCUUGCUGCUUCUGGGUUACGUCCUGCUGCGCUGCCGCCACGCUGUCCGCCAGCGCUUCCUGCCUCGGCCCCCCCGCUUGGCUGGCCACCCCGCCUUGUCCCCAAGGCCCUUCAGAGAACCAGGCCUUGGCAUCUUGCUGGAGAGUUUCUACGAGCACGAAGUGCGCCUGUCGCCACACGUGCUGGGCCACAGCAAGGCUCACGUCAGCCGGAUCGUGGGCGUACUGGUGAGGGCUGGUCGCGCCCGGACGUCCCCAGGCCCCAUACCCGGUGGGGCUCUGGCCUUGGCUUUCCGCGGAGACUUCAUCCAAGUGGGCAGCGCCUACGAGCAGCAUAAAAUCCGCCGGCCCGACGGCUUCGACGUGCUCGUGCCGCUGCGCCUCCCGCCGCUGGUGGCUCUGGAGCCGCGGAGCUUAGGCGCCGAGCCCGCGCUAGCCCCGGCUUUCCGUGGCUGCUUCUUGUGUGCCCUCAAGAUUCCGCCUGCGCCAUCUGGGGGCCCUGCAGGCGGCAACUGGCUCCGGGACUGCAAACCCUUCACCGACGGCUUCUGCGUGGACGUGCGCGGGCGGCGACACCUCUCCGCCACGCUGGUGCUGCGCUGGUUCCAGUCGCACUUGCAGCGCUCUUUGGCCGCUGUGCGCUACAGUCUGGAGGAGCGCUGCCGGGUCAGCCUAACUCUGGGGGGCCUAGAACAGCCGCCCACCCUGCACAUCCUGCCUUGCCGCACCGAUUAUGGCUGCUGCCGCCUUUCCAUGGCUGUGCGUCUCAUUCCUGCAGUCCAUCUGAGCGACGGCGUGUUCCUCGUGGCGCCCGCGCUGCCACCGUCGUCCACCGGGCCUUUGUCGGAGCUUCCCGGAGGCUUGCACCCCGAAGCGCUGUGGGGCGUGAACACAGCGCGCCAGGAGCAGAAACUGCUGAGCUGGCUGCAGGAACGGGCCCCUUCUGGUGCCUGCUACCUCAAGUGCUUACAGUUGCUUAAGGCCCUUAGAGACCUGGGCGCCCGCGGGCUGGACCCGACGGCUGCCACCCAGUGGGGGCGCAUUCUGUCCUCCUAUGUGCUCAAGUCAGCGCUGCUGGCGGUGCUACUGGGCCAGGGGCUCCCGGCGCACGCUUGGGACGAGGUGCAUCUAGGCGAGCGCUUGGAGGAGGUGGUCCGAUUUCUUAGGGACUGCCUGCUUCAACGUCGCACGCUCUUCCACUGCGUUCUGGGCCCUGGCGGAGCAGCCGCCGAGGUGGGCCCUCUGCCUAAGGUGCUGCGUGAAGCCAACCCUGUCGACCUACUGGCACCUUUCGACCAGCGCGCUCGGGAGCUUGCAGCAGUACGGUUGCUGUCCACUUGGCGAAGAUUGCCCCAGCUUCUCCGGGCCUACGGGGGUCCGCGCUACCUGGCCAGGUGCCCUUCACCCCGGAAUCAGCGCACCCAGGCAUUCCCUGAAGAUGAACCAUAA